UAAAUAUGUAUAAAAUGAAUCCUUCAGGGUUGCCAACAUAUUGAUUGCCUCGGUUUUAUUUACAUUAAUUUAAACUUUUUGGUUAAAGGGUUAGAAGAAAAUUUUCGAAACAUAAGCAUGAUUGUUUUUGUAUAUAGUUAAUUAGGUCUUGUCUUUAAUACAUUGUAUAUGAAAAAGCAAAAUUGGUAGAACAGUGUUUUCAAAACCCCUGUAUAAUAAUAUCAUGAACAAGACUUUUAGUUUGAAAAAAAGACAUAGAAUUAACUAAACGCCAUGAUGACUGCCUAAUGUUUGCAAGCAAUUCUUUUUUCUUGAAUAAUUUUCUUUCACUCCUGGACUGUGAGAAAUGCAAAACAAUUACAUAUGUAGAUGCAAGUUUACAUGUUGAUUUGAUAAUGAAUAUUUUUGUGGAAGACUAUUAAGGUUUUUGACAUUUGAUCAAAAUGAACGUAAGUGAGCAUUUAAACAGUGGAUAUUUAGUAAAUUACCUUCGUAAGCAUGUACAUGUGUACAUGAUAACAUUUUAAAAACAACAAUAAACAACACAUCUUUUUAAGGCAAAGUUUAAUCUAACCUAGAUUACACGGCAGUUAAUACUAGUAUUCUGCUAUCAGAAGGCGGUGUCAUCCCACUCUGAGGUCAUUCAAGGUCAUGACAAGCCUGAUAAAUAGUUCUGUAAGACUAGAUAUGGAAAGUGCACCAACAUUAAGGAGAUCAGCCUCUGUCUCGCGACAGCUGUCCACAAUGGCGGGUAGAGGGAAACUCUUAAAAUUACCCAUAAUCCUCGUAUCAGUUUCUCUUGGGAUAUUGUGUGGACACUUACUAUUCCGGAUUUCUGGUUCUCGAUCGGACUCGAGGUCACGUGAGAGUGGUCUCAGACUACGUGAAACGCCAGAGAGAGACUCGGAUUCUUCUUUUCAUCAGCCACCAGCCGAAAGAGAGGGCAUCAGUAUUAAAAAAGAUAUGAGCAUACAGUUCCGGACACACCAGUCCAAGAAUUAUUUCAUCAACGUCGGAGGAACGUAUCCAAAGAGCCUAGAAAUAUUUCUACAGACUUAUCCGGCAUCCGAACUUUUUUCUCUUGUGUCUUUCAUACCGGAUGAGACGUACGCGCCAUUUUACGAUGCGUUUGACGACCAUCAGUUAAUCAGCCCGGCGUGGAUUAGCGCAAGCGAGGAAAAGGAAGAGCAGGUUCCACUCCAACCGUUUGGAGAAGAUGAAGCCAUGGUUAAUGUACCCGUGGUUGACCUAGCAGCAUGGCUUCAGAACAAUACUCACCCGGACGACUUUGUAAUCGUGAAAAUGGAUAUUCCUGAGGACGAAGAAGAGGCUCUGAUGACGAAGCUGGUUCACACCGAAGCCGUGGAGUGGAUCGACAAAUACUACACCACAUUUCCCGAGAAUCAACACCACAAGCUGCAGACCAUCUCCGAGGUGUACGGGCUUCAGAUCUUCGGCUGGGAUGAUGUGAACGAGACUUUCAGUGAUUUUAAUGACGUCAACCCGGUGAAAGUUCCGCCCGGGGCGGGCUUUGUGAAGAGGGAUUGUAGAUCCUCUAACUCCACAGACAUGUUCGCUUUGUUCCUGUAUGUUAAAGAUUUGUCAGUGAAAUCUUUACGCGCUCUGAAGAUGCUGGCGGCCUAUAACAGUGAUACAGACGAAAGACUGGAUAUCGGAGUUUUUCUGCCGUAUGAUUUGAUUGUGACUUAUGGCGAUUUAGCAGAGGACCUUUUUUUAAAGUUCCAAGGGGGUCUCUACUUAGAAGUAGAAAAAUAUCGAAACAAGACGAGCAACCAGCUGAGGAAUUCCGUUACCAGGAUCUCGAACAUAUGUGCAAAGUUUCAAACCCCGAUGAUUUUGCAGUACAUAUUGUUUUCUGAACAAAACGAAGACAUUGCUAAUUCUAUCAUUUCAUUACGCCAUCAAACCGUGUUUUAUAAGCUUGAUGACGUGGCAUCACUGAUUUCAUAUCCGUUUGAAGAUUCGAUGGCUGGGUUCAAACCGAAAUCUGGAACAAUUUAUUCACUAAGUGUUGAAGAAAAUGAUAAUGAAAAACUUGCCGUGUAUUUAUUGAAACAUUGCGAAGAACAAUUGAUUUCACUCAUAAAAUGUGCUAUUCCGUGAGCUACUAAUGUCCUCUUUACGUAGCAUUGUGUUCAAGCAACAAACAUUAUAUUUGCAACAGAGUUUCAAUGCAUAAAACUACAGACCUAUAAGGAGUAGUUCCGAUAAAAAAAAAAAAAUAAAAAAAAACAUCAUUUACUUCACAUUAUCGAUAAAUAUGAAUAAACCUUCUCAUUUUCGAGCUUUAUUUACAAUAAAGUACAAACGAGGGAACAUUGAAACAAAUUCAUUGUUGAGUACCAUAAGCAUAAAGAGUAGACCAACG